AUGAACCAGCAUCCCCGAAUCCUUAUUUUGUGCCCGUAUCCGCUCGGCAUCAGCCCGGGCCAGAGAUUCCGGUUUGAGCAAUAUCUCGACACGUUACGCGCGAAUGGCCUGGUGAUAGACGUCCGUCCAUUCCUCGACAUGGACACCAUGCGCAUCCUUUACAAGCCGGGUUACAUGGUCAAGAAGGUGCUCGGCGUGCUGGCGGGUUUUGGGCGUCGCCUUGCGGUACUUCCAAAGGUCUUUGCUUAUGACCAUAUCUUCAUACAUCGUGAAGCAAGCCCCAUCGGCCCGCCUUUUAUAGAGGCCAUACUUUUCGUGCUGGGGCGAUCGGUCAUUUUUGAUUUUGAUGACGCCAUCUUCAUCAGCAAGACAUCCCGGGUCAAUCGCAUCGUCGCAUUCGCGAAGUGGUCCUCAAAGAUCAGGUUUAUCUGUCGUCACAGCGCAAAGGUUGCGGUUUGCAAUAACUACCUGGUCAAUUGGGUAAGGCAAUACAACCCGAACGCGGUUUUGUUGCCGACGACCAUAGAUCUUUCGUAUCACAAGCCGAUUGCCAAAGCGCCACUUGCAACACGUCGACCCGUGAUAGGUUGGACGGGCACCCAGUCCACCAUGGUGUAUCUUGAGCUUGUUCGUGAAGCGCUGAUUGAACUCCAGAAGCGAUAUGACUUUGAGUUUCGUGUGAUCUGCGAUGUUGACCCCAAAUUCCCGGAACUGAAGAACUACCGCUUUGUAAAAUGGACACUGUCCUCGGAAAUUGAAGAUCUCGCUGCCAUGGAUAUUGGCCUCAUGCCCGUUCCCCAGGGGGAGUGGGAGCAAGGUAAGGUCGGUUUCAAGGCCAUACAGUAUUCCGGCGUGGCCGCUGCACCGGUGGUGUCCUCGACGGGGUCUGGCCAUGAAGUGGUGCUUCAGGGGAAGACGGGGCUUGUUGUUGACAAUGACCGCGCCAGCUGGGUGAACGCACUGGCUUCCUUGCUGGAUAAUCCAGACCAACUGGAAACGAUGGGGCAGGCAGCGCGUGAAUACAUUGAUUCCCGCUAUUCGGUCAGGUCGCAGGUUCCAACUUACAUGGCCCUUUUGGGCAAAUAA